CAACAACGCAAGGUUCUCAAAACAGUGCAGGACGAGCCUUUAUAACUAACGAUCAACAAAAACCAAAAUUACAAAAUAACUUUCGAAAUCAGUACAAAAAGUUGAAAUCACAUGAUAAUUACCGAAAUCAAGAACCAUAUAAAACGGAAACUCAUGAAACAAGAUCUAAAACUUUAAACGUUAACCAUGAUUAUAUUAACGCAAAUCUUCAAAUUACUACUCCAGAAACACAAGUGCAAGUGUUUGAUAAAAGAUUAUUAUCUUCAACGUUACCACCAAUUGUUGAAGAAUGGGAAUAUAAUACAUCAAGAUGGGAAGAUGAUGUUAAUUAUACGUCAUUUGAUGAUACUGUUAAGCCAAUUGCCGAUCAACUUUCCCAAAUGCAAAUUUCUUCGCAAACUUCAUCACAAACAUUGGAGCCGCCACCACCAAAAAACGAUUCGCAAGUUAAUGAUGUAUCUAACGUAGAAAAUGUGGAAAAAUGCAAAGAAGUUGGCAAAAGCUUAUAUACGCAGUGCAUUGAACUCGUAUCUAAAAGAAUCAAAGCGUUGAAUAAACGAUUGGCAAAAAUCGAGAAAUCCGAAGAAUUUUUACGAGAUCCUCAAAAUAAAUCUAAGCUUAACAACGAUCAACUUCAAUCGAUCGAAAAGAAAGAACAAGUUAUUGGCGCAAUAAAAGAACUUGAAGAAAUUUAUAAAAAGAUUGUGAACAUUGAUACUGAGGUAUGA